AUGAAAAAUCAGGGACGGGUCGCAUUAUUAAAUGCAGUUACUGUCUUUUCCCUAUUUAUUGCAGGGUGCAAAGGAGGUGAGAGCCCCUUUAUCCCGUGGGUGGAGAACAGCGAUGGGCCGUACAUGGACUGGAGCAGAGGAGCUGGCAUGGGCAGUCCGUGCUCUUCAAGCUUUGGUUUGUCUGUGCAUGGUGAUCCAGCCUGGAGCGGAGGCUACUGCAGCACAGUGGAUGUAAUGGCACACCAAUCUACGCAAACAGAGCAAUGCACAGCAGAGCCGGGUAUGUGCGAGAGUGUGCACAGCAGGGCAUACAAUAUGCAUGGCAUGCCGAGUAGUGAAAAUAUUGUGGCGGAUGGAGCGCACAGCACAGGUCUAGACUACAUUGAUCUAACUAUGUUCGGUUCAGAGUGGCAGGGGUGCAGGCCUUUUGAAGAAGAGAGUAUUGCUAGACAGCCCGUGCAGCUUGGACAACAGCAGCGCAUGGCACAUCCUGGUAUGGAUGUGGGCGUUUUUCAUGGAGCAGAAAAUACUACUAUCACACCAUCAAUGAAUGGGCAUGCAGCAGCGAGUGAAAACGCAGACCUUAGUUUCAUCAACCUAGAUAAAGAUAGUUCUAUCUGGAAAGGCCUGGAGGAGUUCAGAACAAUGGAGGAUAUGAUACAGUGCUACAGCCAGCCUGAGCACUACAAGGAAAUAACGCGUGCUGGUGAGAGUCCUUUUAACGAAGUAGAGAACAGUACUGCUAGGCCGUCUAUAGGAGAAAAGAGAAAGACAGAUGAAAUAAACAGCUCAUUAACCCCCUAUGGUCACCAAUCUAUAGCGGAAGCUAAGAGGAAUAGGAAAGACAGAGACCUGCCUAUCCAGGGCAGCCAGAUGCCACAGUCUGGAGCAACGAACGAUGAUGACGAUGGGAGUACAGAUCCUAGCACGAGCCCAUGCAGUAGCAUAAAAUUAAAAAUAGCCAAGAGACAGAGCUACAAACUGAACAAAAAGUCUAUAUACACACACAAUGUUGACGAAAGAUCCAUAAAGGAGGAAAUAAAAGUUAAGUCGUACCAAGCAGCUCUUAGAAAAGACAUUGAAGACUUUUCUCGGCAGAUCAUACCAGAAACAGAGAAGAAUGCGCUGUGGCACUUUAUUGCAAGAAGAAGCACAACCAUAAACACAAAGUACAAAGACCUUCUUGGGCUGCAAGAGCUGUCUAAGAAUGGCAAAAACAGAAAAAUACUGGAGAGGCUAAGGGGGUUCUAUCCUGGACUGAUUGACGACACGAUAGAGUACAUAAAAACGCACAGGCCGAUGAAAAGCGAUGGCGAGAGCCAUUCAAUAGGGUGGUGCGAAAGGCUUGGGGAUGUUUACAUACGGAAGGACCUCGAGCCAAAUUACUAUGCUCUGGAAGAGAGCAAUGCCGUUGAACAGAUGGACAAAAAGUACUACGCCCUGGCAUGGGCAGUGCGCAUGAUUACAAAGCUGCCCGAGGUGUACAAAGACUUCUGCAAGAUCACUCCAAAUUUUAUAGAAGAGACCAAGACGUCAGAUAUCUUCAUUACAAACCUACAGAACAGCCAAAUCCUUCUGAAAGUACAAGAGCUGAUGCAGCCGCACGUGAAAGAAGAAAGGGCUGUUUUUUUAUACGAUGAGCUCUACUGUGUCUUCAAAGACAUACACGGCGAAGAGGUGCUGCAGGAGCUGACAGCUGUCGAUCUGUACCGAGCCAUAUACACAAUCCUUGCAGACUUCUAUGAGAACGCUGAGAUAGUUAGCAGAUACAGCAAGCACAGUUUAGCAGGCAAGUGCAUAAUAUCAAACCAGAAGUACAUAAAAUGCAAUGUGAGAGCAAGCAUGGGAUCAAAAGACACGGGUGGGGGAGUGCUGAGCGCAGAGUAUUCGCUUGCAUAUAACAAGUGGAGUAUUUCACUUGACAUAUGUGCACACUAUCAUGUGUACUAUGUGGACAAUGCAAGAGGCGAGCUCAGAAAGCUGUGCAUGCCUGUGUAUGCAGAUGAAAGAGGAGAGAGGCACUAUCUGCACACAAUUAGCGACACUGUGGACCACAUAAAGGAGCUAUAUGGAAUAGAAGAGACCUUGGACAUCAUACACCCAUUUAUGCUAAACAAGGAAACUACAGAGUGGUCCUACAUCAAAGAGAAAGAGAGGGGUAAGACGGCGAAAGACUUGGCAGGGUACGAGAUAGUAUUUUACCACAUUGACGAGGACCUAGGAGAGAAAAAGUUUACUUUUGCAGAGUUUAUGCCGCUAAUAUCCCACGAUGACGACAGCUUUUGUGUGCCGCUCUUCCUUACGCCUCUGAUGCAGUCGGCUGCUGACCUUGGGCCUUUUGCCGCGCUAGGAGAGCACAAAGAGCUGGGCUCGAUAGAGUUUGAGGGCAGAAAGCCAGACACGUACACCUACAACCACACAUACGGAGGGAUGCACUACUUAAAUUUGCACAAGUACUACAGCAACCUGUAUAUACUGCAAAAUAAAAAAGAGAGCAUGGACUGCUACAUCAUGGACUGCAAAGCAGCUAGACAAGAAGAUGGCACUAUUGAGGCAGCGUGGUAUGUAAGAAUGCCCAGCAGCGUAGAUGAAUACACACACUGCAUUCUAGACAGCGGCUUUGCAAGAGAGGAAGGCUCAAAGAAGUUUGGCGCUCUUGUCGCAGAAAUAGAGUCAAGAGAGUACUGCCAGGACAGCAAGCUGCAGGGCUUUUGGCUGAGCAAUGGCCAUACAGCAGGCUGCAGUGGUGCAGCAUGGAAAGGGCACAAAGUGUUUAAUUUGCUGCCAGACAAAAACUGCUAUAAGAAGCCCAUAGACGGAAAAGAACUGGAGGCGGCUAGACUGAGGAUCAACCAAAUUGAAAAAACUAUGGAAGAGGCAGAGAAGAAGCAGGAGAGUUUGGGCAGGUUCAAUAAGUCUACCGACACAAGAGAAGAAAGGCUAAAAAAGAAGUCGGAAAGCGUUAAAAAAAGCCACAUCAAAAAGAAGCUGCACAAUCUAUACAAAGAGGUGCACACAAAGCUUUCUAAGAGGCCUGAUGCAAAGGCAGAGUUUAUAGUGUUCCGCAAUGUGAACAGCAGCAAGUCCAACCUAGGGGCCCACAACGAGAUCCUCAAUGUUUUUAUCUCGGGAUAUAACUUUAGGAAGAAGAACGAUGAAAGCUAG